AUGUUUCUUUCCAACUUCGUCUCUCUCCUUUUGUUCUCUGACUUGGCAAGAGCUUGGGUGAGCGAUGAGGCAGCAAAGUCAAUGGGUGUUGAAACCUUGGUAACCUUCACAAGCUUAACAGAAUCAGAUGAAACUCACAUUCCAACUCCAAAUCCACCAGAAACUGCACAUUGCGUCCUCGUCGAUACCAGUACUACACUUACUUCUCCAUCUACAAUGAAAUUUUUUUUUCCACUUUCCUUGACAGCAACAUCACGCAGUCUUAGUGAAAAUGACUCCAAAGCAGCUCCAACUACGUCCACCAGAUCCAGCCCUACUGAUGCCCAAAUUUCAGAACCGCCUCUAAGCACACAAGCUUCACCAAUGGAAACGGGAUUUAGCACUCCAGGCCAGUUCAAAGUCCAGAUUCUUCAAGCUCAGAAUUGGUACAGAGCUGCGCAUGGUGCAAAACCGCUAGUCUGGAAUAAUACCCUGGCUGAUACCAGUUCUGACUGGGUGGCAAGAUGUGUUUGGGAACUUGAGUCCACUCCAGACAUAGGCAAAUCAUUUGUAUCUGUUAUACCAACAAGUGUCUUUGGGAUUAUAAAUUACUUGGGAUUGGAACGUCAGUUCUAUAACUGGUCGGAUCCAGGAAUGAAUAAUUCUACGAAACAAUUUACUCAGAUGGUAUGGAAAAAUACAACACAGGUUGGAUGUGCUUGGAAUAAUUGCCCACCCGGAUCAUCACCAGACCCCUCUCCUGCUUCAGCCGAAGUUGCACUAUUUCUAUUAUGUCAAUACUACCCCAAAGGAAAUCAAGGAAGCCUCAAAGACUGGAGUAACAAUGUGGGAGAGUUAGAAUCCGGGAAUUUGGGGGAAGGCGUUGUUGCCGUUGAUGGUUUUGGUCUGAGCAGUUCAACCGGCACGAGUAGUACUAGUAGUACAACUAGUAGUUCUUCCGCUGCUACUGGAGUGGAUAGCCAGGGGGUUGCCAAUAUGCUUCAUCACAGUCUUUUUGAGGUGGUUGUCACCUCGGCUUUUGUCAUUGGUUUGGUCGCUGUGUAUCCUUCGAUUAUGGUCCCUCUUCUGGCUUUUGGCUUUGCUGAUGCAACAUCUCAAGUGGAAAUUUCUGCUUCCCUUACAGGAACUCAACAUAUGGAAGCGGUGUCUAAGCCAACCAUUACACCCACAUUCAAAACUCGGGCUCCUGCAGCGGAGACUGUGUUUCGCUCAUCUAUGCAGUUUCAAUCGUUGAUGCUUGAAGGUGUGAACUGGUACAGAUAUAAAUUUGAUACUAUAGCAAUUGUUUGGGAUGAAAGUAUCGCUUCUGACGGUGAAGCUUGGCAAUAUGUGAUAUGUCAGUACUAUCCACCAGGGAAUCCAGAUGGACUUUCUUAUGACGAUCCGCAAUGGGUUGAGAAUGUAUGGAAGUUAGGGUGGGAAGCCUUAGAUGAAAUUUCUGACGGGAUUUCAAGAUCUUCACUGUUUACCAAUUCAGUCAGUACAAAGACCGCUACAAAAACACUUUCUAACCACCCAUUGGACUCAACCACUUCUGCUCUUACAACCAGUACCACUGCUACGAUAUCCAGUAUUGAGAGUGCAGGUAUAGCAAUUAGUGUCACAUAUACACCUUACGUAUCCGGUCACUUCAACAUGCCCACACUGAAUACCCAAGCUCAGCCAUGGCAAACAGGAUACAGUUCCCCUACACAAUUCCAAGCCCAAAUUCUUUGGGGAAUUAAUUGGUAUCGAGGUUUAUUCAAAUACGAUGACCUUAUUUGGAAUGAUACUAUAGCCGGUUGGAGUGCCGAUUGGGUUCAUUGUUGUGAUUGGAAUGAUACGUUAGUUGUGACGGAUCCAGAUCUUGGAUCUACUAGCUUUAUGGCUAUUAAUUUAGGUGGUAUGAGUGAUGCGCCUGGUGUAUUAGAUGUUGUUAAUGCCUGGGGAGCAGAAUCUGUUGAAUACUAUAGUGCGGAUGGUGGUCCAAAAUUACCAACUUUCCCCAUUGGCAGUAUUGCUAGUGAUGAUUUCACACAAACGAUAUGGAAUGGAACAACGCAGGUUGGAUGUGGCUGGAAUAAUUGUCCUGCAGGUUCCGCACCAACCUUCACAAACAACUUACCCUGGCAAUUCACAUUUUGCCAAUACUAUCCACAAGGAAACAUCGGGGAUACCAAAUCAUGGUAUAAUAAUAUCCAGCCCAUAAAUUCAGGAAUCAUAUCCCAACUUGUCCACGGAAUCACCUCAAACGAUGCAUUAUCUAGUGUAGCUAGUACAACUACUACUAUGCCAGGACAUCAUUCUAGUACUAUUACUACUACUGGUACAAGUCAUACUUCUACAAACGGGGUGGAGAAAUUGGAUAAUUUUUUGUUGGUGGUGGUGAUUGUUACUAUUAGUUCGGUGGCUGUGGUUCUUGGUUUGGUUUAG